GACACUGAUCAGUUGGUUGGCGGGCGCGGAGCGAUGCUAGUCGGUUUGGCCGUGGCCGCGGCGGCCGGCCACCCCCAGCCAGUGGACAGCAGCGGGACACGUGGCGAGCAAUGAGCGACAAGGGCUCUCCGUCGAAAAUGGCGCCGGGCAAGGGCGGCAAUUUGGUGGCCACCUGCCUCAAGCACCACAAUAGUCCGUUGCGCAGUGUCAGACUCUUGUGGCGCAUUCUAACAUGAGCUCCGGCCUCGUGGCUAUGGACAAAAAGUUGUAAGGGGACUGAGUCAGUCGCUCUGCUUGCUUCUCCGCCGGCCGAGUCCCGAGUCGGUCGGUCUGUGCGUUGAACUAUUUCUGACUGAGCAGUGCGUGCGUGAGUGAGUGUCGCGAGUCGGUCGUCGGCGGGUCGGCGGCGAGAGCAUGUGUGCGCCUCCAAGGACUCCCGACCUGACCCCUGACUGACUGACCGAGCCGCGUGUCCGAUCCCCCCUACCUUUCGAUGUCCGGCGAACUGACUGCGGAACAGCUUCAGCAGCUUUACUUAUGCAGCCUCUUGCUCGGCAGAAAGCGUGAGCAGCCGAUUUUCACGUGCAAGGCGCACGUGUUCCACAUCGACCCGAAAACGAAGCGCUCGUGGAUUCCGGCCUCCUCCUCAGCGGUUAGCGUCUCCUUUUUCUACGAUUCCACUAGGAGCUUGUACAGAAUCAUCAGCGUCGAAGGCACUAAGGCUGUCAUCAACAGCACCAUCACCCCCAACAUGACUUUCACGAAAACCUCGCAGAAGUUCGGCCAGUGGUCCGACGUGCGCGCCAACACGGUCUACGGCCUUGGUUUCUCCUCGGAAGCCGAGCUCAACAAGUUCAUCGAGAAAUUCCAAGACGUGAAGGAAGCGACGCGGCAGGCGGCGGCCAAAGCGACGACGAACGGCACCGCCACGCAGGCGACGCCGGUGACGAGCGCCAACGCGUCGCCGAUCACGGCCCGCGCCGGGCGCGGGGGCACCGGCGCCCCGGGCAACGCGUCGCCCAACCCCGGCGUCGGACAGACUACGCUGCCCGACGAGCUGGUCGACGUGCAGGGCCCUGGCCUGCCCCCAGGCGGGCCCAUCCCGGCGCCCCUCCUCAACGACGGCACCGGCACUCUGCUGAAGAGCUCACUAAGAAAUACCUCACUCAACGUUCAGCAAGUUAUUCCGGGUGAUAGUCCGAAGCAUCAGCCAAAGGUGGUUGGCGCUACCCUGGUAGACCCGAAGCAAUCGCCGGCGGCAAACUUCCCGCCGAACUCGGCAGAGGGCCAGCUCAAGUACGAAAACGACAGGUUGAAGUUGGCCCUUGCGCAAAGCUCCGCGAACGCCAAGAAGUGGGAAAUCGAGCUGGCCACCCUGAAAAACAACAACGCGCGUCUGACGAGCGCCCUGCAGGAGAGCACGGCCAACGUGGAAGAGUGGAAGCGGCAGCUGCAGCAGUACAAGGAGGACAACCACACUCUCAAGACAAAAUACAUCGAGUUGGAGGCAGCGAAAGGGAGCCAAGAGGCGGCGGCAGAGCUCAGGAAGGAGCUGCAGAGUCUCAGGACAAGGGUGGAGGCGCUCGACCUCGAGCUGCAGGGCAAGAACGAGGAGGUGCGCCGCCUCAACAAGCAGCAAGGGCCUGACCCUCACUCGGGAAAGUCCGAUGAUAGGAUUAAGGCGCUGCAGGAGGAAAACGCGACGCUGCAGCUGGCGCUGCAGAACUCGCAGGCGCAGCUGGAGGCGGCGCUGAUGGCGCAAGAGUCGCAGCGGCGGGUGCUCGACACGCUGAACAGGCAGCUGGCGACGCGGCUGCAGGAGCUGGCCGGCAUCCACGGCGAGAUCGCCACCGCGAUCAACACGUGAUGCCCCGACGACGCCCAGCCGGCCCCGCCCCCGCCCUCCCUCACAGCCUCCCAGACGUCGCUCCACCACGCCAGCUCCACGUGCCAGCCGCUCUGAGGAUCCUCCAGUCGUAGCGUUAACAAAAAUUCGGUGUGCAUGCGUUCGUUUCACCCCUAAAACCCUCCCUGAAGCUGGGUUCUCGCGCCCCCUCUGGACCGUCGGACUUUCGGUUGAACGCGCACAGUGACCCCCCCCCCCCCCUGGAGAACCGGAAUCUCGAUUUUUAUUGUUUUCCGUGGACUGCUUUUUAUCUCAUUUUUCCCUUGACGACGGUGAUCUGAUCCUUUUGCAAUUAAUUUAACGAAAGGGUUUGGCCCGAGGCGGCACCGCAGUUAAAAUCAGUUUUGUAAAAAGCUGCCGCGGCGGCCAGACACCCUCCCCCUCUCUGCUUCCUCUCUGAUACCUGGAGGCUGACAAAAAAAACUCAAAAUUAAGGUUUUAUUCCAACCCCAAGUUUUAUGGGAUUAUUUUAUUAAUUUUUUGGGUCAGCCUCCGACUUUUUCUUCCAGCCAUUUUAAUUUUCUUUUGUAGGUGUGCUACGAAAAGCGGUUCUGUUCUUUUUUACAUAAUCUCAGAGCAUUAUUGUGUGAUGUACCGAAUGUUGAACUUAGUCAUAUUUUAAUUAAAUAAUCGAAUGAUAUUCCUCGAAAGGCCCACAAUCACGAUUGAGAACCAGCGAAAAUUGCCAUACUUUCCAGAUUAAUUAGUAGAGCUAGACUUAAUUUUAUUUGCAAUCUCUCUGACAUUCGAAAAAAGUUCCAAUUAUUUAUUAAUUAAAUAGUUUUACGUGUGGUUGCUCAAGUACUUAACUGUCUGUUUGUUUUCCUGCCCCCAGAUUUGAUUAACCAUAUUUUACUGAUUUCCAAUUAAGCGGUGAACUAGUGAAAUGAUUAAACAGUACACGCGAAUGAAUCGAAAACACAAAGUACGAGUGGUGUGUGAUAUUUAUGAUUACCUUUCGACUUUUUUUUAUUUUAUAAUAUUCCACACGGACUGCACAAAGAAAGUGUAUCGGUUUUGUGAUGAUUAACCAUUUUGCUAUUUGAUUUAUUACGCUGUGAGACUCCAACGCAAGAUAUUACAUAACUUUACUGUACUUUUUUUCUUUGUUUUUGUCUUAAGAAGAGAGUAAAAGUUUAGUGCUGCUCAAAUCUGCCAAACUUUGUGCAAUAUCCAGCGCAGUUGUUGUUGUUGUUCCAAACCCGAUUUUUGUUCCCGAAGCAGCGAUUUUGUUGUUUGGACGGAGGCACAAGCAACCAAAAUUCCUUGUCGACUGCUUUUCUACUCUGUAUUAUCGCAUUCUUGUAUAUUUACUCUCAUCGGCGGCUGCCCCAAGUUGAACGGAAUGCCACAGCUUCUUGGUUCUCGCCGAGAACGCAGGGGCGCCGCCAGUGACUUUUUUUGUGCCAAUUACUAUGCGUUAAUCUGUAGAGAGAAACGAUGUUUUUUGUAUUCGACGAAAUUCGUGUAAAAAGUGUAUAAAUGAUAUUUUGGUUCAAGAGAGAAAGAGUGUGACACGUCUCAUCAGCAGGCAGUGUGUUUUUGUCGCAGCUUUUUUUGUAAAUGGCCCCCAUCCCAGUUGUUGAGACUCCACUUUGAGCCUGGUUUUUAAUUUUAAAUAUUAGCUGUCAAUUCCGGAUUAUUUGAUAAAGAAAACUUACAAUAAAUAUUGCGUUUUUUCUUCUGCAAUAAAUUUCUCAACCUAAAAUUAUGUCAUGAGCUAAGGUUAAAUUUUGAAACCUUACGAAACGAUUUCACAAUGUUAUUUCUUUGCCCUUUUUCACUUUAUUUAUUGCUGUGUUGAAAUUAUUUCCUCUCAAGCUCAAGGUCGAGUCUCACUGUCUGCGCUGGGGGCCCAAAAUGUGAAAAAUCGUUAUCAGCACGUUGAAAUUUCGAAUUUUGAUUGUGAGAUUAUAGUCGUACGCCUAUAUUGGAUUUGGGAAAGAGUCUAUUCAAAGAGUUUUUCGGCAGCGGCGAUUUUUUAUUCAUGCCUGCGUAUUAAGAAAGAAAAAUCUAUAGCAAAGAUGAAACUGAAGCCGCUCUCAUCAAAGAAUACACUUAAAAAGCUCAACGUUUGAGGCACAAAGCGUAUAAAUAUAUUUACGGAAAAAUACGGUCAGUGGCACUAUAUUAUUCUCUCUUUCUCUGUAAAUAAACGACACGAUUAAGUGUGAAGAAAAGUGACAAGCCACUCCACUUGUGUAUGUUUUAAUUAAACGAAGGGAAGAAUUACUAGACUACACGCGUUCCAAAUCAACAAACAUAUAUUAUGUAUAAAAGUAACUCACUCACUUACAUGACAGACACGAGGAAGAAGAAGCAAACAAACAAGGUGUUUCCCCCCAAAACGAUUCAUACAAUGAAGGGAUGAGAGAAAUUCGUCUAUGUCUCUUGUGUAUUAUUAUUAUUAAACUGUUCAGAUUGAUCACCGCAGACCUGGGCAUUUUGCUCGCGAAUUAAUUUUUCAAUUACGAAAACACACUUCUUGACAGUUCCGAAUAAAAUUCCCAGGUCUGCAGUUUUCCCGAAUCACAAAAUGAAAGACUCGAUUUUGUCUCGGAAAUUGAGGGAAAAAAUUAUUACUGUAAAGAAAAUUGUAUAGUAGUUGAAAAACGAAAUAAAACCAUUAAACAUAA